ACAGCCUGAACCAGUAGACGCUACUUCGCUCAUCCGCCGCCGACGGAGGUGAGACCUGGCUCAAGAUGGUCAUUUCUCAAGUACAGAAGCAUGCGAUUGAAGAAACGAUAACGGUACUCCUCAACGCGUCAAGUCCGCGCGCUAAGCGAAAGCUCGUCGGGAUGUUCUUGGUUCUUCCCGACCGGGAGUCAUGGCCUGAAUACUAUCAGGUGAUCCCUGAGCCGCGCUGCAUCCACGGCAUUCAGGCGGAUCUGAAGGGGAACAAGUACAAGGACCCACUGGACGUGUUCACGGACCUGCAGCUCGUGUUCCUCAAUGCGCUGUACUACAAUGAGGAUGGAAGUCAGAUUGCGAAAGACGCUGCGGCAUUGAAGGUGAUCCUUGAGAACGAGUGGAAGCAGCGUUCAGUUCUCCCAAUCCCGCGUACCUCUCCUCCUCCGGUCUCUGCCCAGAGAGUCUAUGCUGUGCCGCAGCAGGCGUCUGGAUCAGGGUCGAAGGCGGAGCGGACGCAAGCACGCCCCACGCCGCUCGCUGCAGCUUCUUCCCCUGCGCCACAGCCGGACUCGUCUGCGUACGGGGACAAGUCCCCGGAACGGCAACAGUCACCAGACGUUGACAUUGAUGUUGGUGGAACGCCUGAGCCCGAGGGCCUUCCGACCGACACGGCGAGAGAUGAAGAAAGCGAGGAGAUCGUGAAGCAGCUUGAGAAGGGUCUACCCAGGUGGGAUGGCUUUGCCGAUGUGGGAUGGAUGGAAGAGGUCGAUCCUGGUCGAUACCUCGCAAUUGUGCUCGCGAUUAAUAACCAUGAGGAUCAAAAUGGCACUCGUCUUGCAGCAAGCCUCGAAGCAGUGCCUGAGGAGGCAACAAUCCCAGAGUUUCCUUACAAUGUCCCGCUUUCUCUGUCGUUAAUCGAGAAUCGAUCUAGAGAGAAAUACUAUCAGUCAUCGAAAGCCUUUGACAAAGAGACGUCUCAAUUUUUCCUCAAGGCGCGCCGGUGGUAUGAGCAAGGUAGCGAGGCCUACGGCAAUGUCCUCGUCCUUCAGAGAUUAUACCACGCUCUCGCUUCGUCCAGCCCACCGCCUGGGCCUCCGUAUAUAUCCACAACUCACUUCGCGUCUCUCCGUGCCGGACCAGGCACUGCCAAGCCACUACAUACUCAUGACACCGAAGGCGUCCAUGGCGUGACCACUUUCCGCGUGUCAACCAAGGAUAGGACAUUUGUGGAUGAGGUGCACUUUAAGGGCUGGACUUUUCGUCUGGCUGACUGGGUGCACAUGAGCAAUCCAGAUGAUCCUAGCCGACCUAUCAUUGGACAGGUGUUCAAGUGCUUCGUGUCCGACGAACCAGGGAAGAAGGGACGGCCAGGACUUACUGUUUGUUGGUACUAUAGGCCAGAGCAGACAAUACAUCCCGCAGAUCGUCAAUUCUGGGAGAAUGAGGUGUUCAAGACGAGCCACUUCGCCGACCAUCCUCUUGAGGACGUCGUCGAGAAGAUCGCCUGCCAAUUCACCGCACGGCAUAUCAGAGGACGGCCUCGGCCGCCAUAUUGGUACCCUGGUUGGCCGCUUUAUGUAUGCGACUCCCGAUAUAACGACCGCGAGCGCAUCUUCGUCAAGAUAAAAAAUUGGAACUCGUGUGUGCCUGAAGAAGUGCGCAAGAGCACCGAGUUCAUGCCAAUCUACCCUUUCGAGCGUAGUGUUUUCCCGCGACGGUUCCCCAGUCCAUUCCUGAGUGGGAAAAUCAUCAAGGCUCCCGGUGGCAUUGGCGACGUUGUCGAAAGAGCAGAGGGCGAGAAGAUCGAGGGUGGGGGCACGGGCAGGAAGCGACCAAAACGGACAGCCGCAGCGACCGCCACAGCAAUUCGCUUUGAACAAACCGACCGGUCAGGACCGAGCAAAGGUUUGUAUGUGGGGUCUACUACGGCACAACCUGUGGCAUCGACAUCGUCGUACCAAUACCCACCAACCGCCCAGACACAAUAUGCACAGUCGGGUUCAACUUCACUUCGUGGGGCCGGCGAGCGGUCUAUCGUAACUGCCGCUGGGACCAAUCUUGGGAGCAAUAUUGUAACUGAGAAGCUUCCCUCUGAAACCGCGAAGCACUUUGACCGCGACCCCGAGACGAAUGAGGUGCUAUGGUUUGCUGCACCUCCUGUGGACAUGGUGCAUAGCCCAGCUCCUCGGCAUAGCUUAGCCUACCUACAUUUCCUUGCGAAGAAGCGCAAACGAAGAACACCUGACAAUGAUGCCGCGGACAUAACAGCUGGUGUCCCUUCAUCAAAACGGUUCAAAAUACAACCAACUGUCACGGAGACGUUACGAACACUGAUAGAGAAGUUCGGUGUCGAUCCUUCGAUGUCUAUGUCCCCGCUUCCGGGACAAUAGUUGUCUCACGCCGUCUUGCUGUAGAAAAUAUUGUUUUACAUAGCCCCAAAUUAUAGUAAUAUUUGUCUUCGUA